AUGGUUCCCAGGAUAGAGUAUGUUCAACCAGAACAAUUGUAAAGAGUUUUAAUUGCAAGAAUGUUUUUAGAUCUUAAUGAAAUUACAAAUACUCUUAUGAAUGGAAAAAGCAUUGAUAAAAUGAAAAAGUAUAAGCUAUUUUAUUAAAAAUAUCAAAUUUCGAAUUCAGUUAUGGAAUUGUGGUUAAAAUGGGCUAUCUUAAAAAAUAAAUAGCUUAAGUAAAAAUCGAUGAAGAAUCAGUUAUAUUAUUUUGAAUAAAUAAUCUUCCCUGAGCUUUAACAUUUUAAAAAUACUUUAAUAAGACUGAAAUUUUUAAUAUUUUAGGCUUACUAAACAUAUUUAAUGGGAGAAGAAUAAUAAUCUAUCCAUUUAUUAAUGAAUGUUAAACACGAAUAUUAUACCAUGUAUAAUCUUAAAUCAUUUGUAACUGAGAUGCAUUUGUUAAAAAGUUAAGAAAAUAUUGUAUUUUUGUCUCCAAAAUUGAUAGAUUCUGUUAAAGCAUGUGCAAAUAUGCCUAAAGAAGAUUUCUUUUAAUUUCUUUAUUUUGAGAUCAAAUUAUUAUACCCAAUCAGUAGAGGAAUAGCUCCGAGUUUAGCUGAGAACUUAUUCAAUGAGAUUUAGAUAUUACUUUAAAUUUCUUAACAAUUCUAUAAAAAACCUUAAUAAUCAAUUGAUUAGCAAUUAGCUAAAAAAUACGAUUAAGUUUUAGAGAUGCUGGAUAAAUAUUAUGAUAAAUUAGGGAAGGCAUUAUUCAAAAGAAAAACCUUUAGAUUUGAUUAAAAGCCUAGUCAUAAGAUAACAAGAUCAUUGAUUAGUUUUUUAUCUUCGGAAGAAAAUCUGAAACAAUCAUCAACAUUCAAAAGGGACACCCAUUAUGAAUCAAUAUCCAGUUUAUACAACGCUUAAUAAAUAUAACAAAUUUAAUUAGAUUUAACUAAGUAAUCGGAGAGGGCAGCUAAAUCAACUUUUCACAGCAGAUAAGCUUCGUUAAGUAGACCACCUAGUUAGUUUUAGCCUGAAUCCAUAUUUAGUAACGAGAUGUGGUAGGAAGUUGAUAAUUAUAAGAUCAAAUCCUUCUAAAAGCGAAAGCCACUACAUUAAAAACCUUCAGUCGGAAGGAUUUAUAAGAAUAUUAUUACAUCUGUUCCACUUACAAAGAGGCACAGCAGAUAAGAGGAGUUUUCACCUCUUAAGAAAUAAGAAAUUAUCCAGGAAGUAUUGGAUAGCAAAUUAACAUCCAAAGAACCAACAAAAUUUAUGUCCUAAGCUUUGAUUACUCCUAAACCAAAAAUUAGCAUUAUGAGCUUAGUUGUUCUAUUUAAUUUAAGAUAUUUUCAUUUGGAAUCACCAGGAGGUAAAAAAUUACCUAAAUUAAUUACAAAACACUUUCUAAAAAUAUUAACUUAUGUUGAUGAUCCACCUUAUUUAAUUGUGAGUGAUAGAUAAUUAUAAAUGAAAGAUCUAAUUAAGAAAACAAAAAGAAGAUCUAAAUUUACAAGACAAAACUCAUUUGCUAUUAAACCAAGAUUAGGGUUAAAAUCCUAGUUUAUUUAACUUAAAGCAAAUUUUAGUGACAAAGUUAGAAUUAAUAUCAAUAAAAUUAAAUCUUUGAUACGAAUGGGAGUAUUUAGAAAAAAGAGAUAAUAAGAGAAAUAGUAAACUAUUCUUGGACCAGUAUAAUCAAAACCUUAAUCUAUUACAAAUUUCUUAGAUUUCAAUAGAUUUAAAACAGCACCUGAUGUGGUUGGCAACCCUUUUGAAAAGUAAGCCAAUGCACAAAGUUAACCAACUCCUAGAGAAGAUUUUGACGAAAAAAAAGAAUCGAUGAAAGAUGUAAUUAAAGGAAAAGGAUUUGGUUUUUUUAAAGCUAUUUGCUUGGCUAAAAGAUUGAGUCUUAUAAAUUAUAAUACAGAUGAUAUCACUUAUCUCUAAGAGAAAUAUGGAACAUUAUAAUAAGUUAAAUAAUAGCAUUUGUAUUAUCCAACUUUAAAAUAUAAAAUUCUUUUUUAGAAUAAAAUAUAAAUUUGGAAAAUAAAAUACAAGGAUUUAACAGCAGAUAAAAAUUUUAUUGUUUUGUAUGCAUCAUAAGAAGGAAAUUCGUAUAAUUUUUACCGUUUUGACCUUCCUGUUGUUUCAAAAGGAAGAGAAAAAAAUGGAGUCACUAUCUGGCCUACAGUUGCUGAGGCAUUAAGAGAGUUAGACAAAUUUAAAUAAUAUUCUUAAAUAUUUAAUUUUGACCUUUCAAACAAUAUAAAAAAGGAUAAACAUUCAUUUAUUUCAGGUCUAACUCAAAGAGCAAAAGUUAAAAUUACUACUGAGGAUAUAAAUAGUUGUGCUUAUGUUCAAAGUUACCUUUGUUAAUUUCAUUAAUCUUAGAUAAGCAAGAUAAAGAAGAUUUGUGGUUAUGCUUAUGAAAUUUUACCAAAUAUCAAUUACACAACAGUCAAAUACAUUAACAUGAAUUUGAUUAACAAGAUUAUCUCAUAUGAGUAUCAUAUUAAAAGAAUUGAAAAAAUUCAUUUUCAUAAUAAAUAAUUAAAUAUUAUUGAUGAUAUCACAGAUAAGGAAUUACAGGAGUACUUAGUAAAUAAAUAGAGAAUAAAAAAUAGCAUUCUAUUGUUUAGGUUUAUUUGUACAUCUAGAUAAUUUAUGAUAGAUGGAGGACCAUCAGUUAAUCUUAAAGGUUUUUCUUAAAAGAUUUUUUCAACAGUAAUUAGAUUGUCAAAAGACAUGUAUAAAUCCGAUUUUAAGAAAUGUUUUUAGAAAUUUGUAUUGCUAACAUUAGAAAUAGAAAUAUCGAGGGAUUUAAAAUAUCAUUUAAAUGAUAUACUUAGUCCAGAGGGAAAAAAAAACAACUCACUCAAUAUUCCUCAAAUAUUUGGAUAGCAAAUAAAUAAAUAAUAUUUUGAGCUAAAAGUUUCUUCUACUUUGUUUAAUAAAGAAAAAGCUGUUGAUAAUGUUAAAAGCAACUUACUCAUUGAACCUUAUUCACUUUAAGUUUCAGUAUAUCAUUAAUUAUUAGAAUAUCUUGAGAAAGAUCCAAAAUAAUUAUAGAAUAUUAGAUUUGAAUCAUUAAUCUAUAAUUUAGUCUUUUAAUCAGAUUAUUCAAAUACUUAAAAAGAAUUAUUGAGUCUAUUUUUGUUUACUUACUUUGACAUUGACUUAAUUUAAAAUAAAAUUAUUUUGAAAAAUGAUAAUCAGUUGAAAACUAAAAAAAUGUCUUUAAAAUUAAUGUAAAAAGAAGAAAAAAGCAUUUAAUUAUAUGCUAUUUCCCCAAUUGAAUAAUAGUUUGUUAAGCACACCAAAAUUAUUAAUGAGAAAGAAUAAAACUUAGAAUAAUUAUUUAAAAUUAGUAUUGUAACCUAAAUUUAAUAGUAUGAUGAUAUAUAUCAAGGAAAAUAAAUAAUAGAAGAACCAGAUUUCAUGGCUAAUAAUUAGGAAAUAUUAUAAGCUAUUAAUAUUAUAAAGUAAAUUCCUCUUUAUAGAAUUUAUGAAAAAGGAAGCCUUAAUUAGUUUUCUAAAAUGAAACAACUAUUAAAUUAUAAAGUAACUGAAUUUUUAACCAAAGACAGCAAAACUCCAAUAUACAUAUAAUAAUCUCAUUACGUGAAUUGUCAAUUACCAUCUGCAAUAAAAUUAAAAACCUUAAUAUUGAGUAAACAUAAAGAUCUUACAAAUCAUUUUAAUUCUAAUCAUUACAGAUUCUUUAUAAACAGAAAUUAAUAAUUUAUUGUACACACAUCUAUUUAUUACAGUUUUAAUAAAAAAUUAGAUAAUUUUAAUUUUGAUUAAAAAGGAAAUGAAAGAAUAUAUUAUUUUGAUGGUGAAAUGCUUUAUGUAAAUUUAUAAUUAGAAUUAUUAUCAUCUAAAACUUCUUCAUUUAAGAUGAUAUUUUCCCAUUAGGAUUUGAUUGAGUUAUUCAAAAUUAACAUUGAAUAAUAUUAAUCAAUUUAUUACUUCGAUGAUAAAUUUAUUUAGAGAAUGACUAUGACUAUUUUGAAUAAUACUUAUACAGAAAGAAAAUUUAGAUAUUAAUUACCAACAUUUCUUCAUAGAUACUUUUUAUCAAAAAAAACUAGACAAACUUUUAUUGAAUAUCAAAGAAGCAUCUCUAUAAGUGGUGAUUCCCCUAAGUCUCCAAAAGGAAAUAUUAUUUAAAUUAAUAAUUUGAACUUAUUAGAAAGACAUAAUAAUUGUUAGUUUGUGAAAUUAUUUUAUGAUUCCAAGGAAUAGGUUUCUAAGAACUAUUGUGAAACAUAUUUAAAAGAUGCGAGAGUUAUUGGACAUUUUAUUAAAAAGUUUCAUGUUGGUGUGAAAAAUUCUUAACUAUGUAAUUUCAAGAGUGGACCAGCAGAAUAUGCUGUUGUUACAGUUUAUAGUCAUUUAAUUAUAGAUGUUUGGAUUAUUCAAAUAUAUGUUCCGAAAACAAGUAGAUAUCUACUUGGAACAAUUAAUUUUUUAGAUUUAGCCAGUUUGGAAACUUAAGAAAUGUUUUCAAUUUUAUUUGAGUAAACAAAAAUGUAAAGGAAAUCUGUUUACCUUAGAAAGUUUACAACCAAUAAGCUAAUUAUGAAUAAAUAAUAAACUUUUAUAAAUCUACAUAAGUUUUUUGAGUUUACUAGAGAGCUUAAUAAUAGUUUAAAUCGAAGAUUGAUAAUUCAGCAAUUAUUAUAAAAUAAAAGUAAGAUUAUUAACAAAGGGGAUAAAAUGAGAGUUGAGCUAAAUAUAUGGACUUAACUUAUAAAAUUAUUGAAAUUAAGUUUAAAAGAUCCAUUCAAUAUAAGAAUUGAAAGUGAAGCAUAAAAUAAAAAUUAUUUAGAGAAAACCUUGAUAGAAUAACUGGAAUAAGAUACUAAUGCUACAGUGAAUUCUUUUAAAUAGAUAGGAAAAAAUUAUAUACAAAAAAAAAAGAAUGAAUCAAUGGAAAACCAAGAACUUCUAAAUCAUUUUAAGAGUUUGUCAAGUAAUUAUUAGUCAUUGCUUAAGGAUAAAUAGGUCAUAACGAUAAAAUCAUAAUUUUAAGAUAGUUCUUAAAUUUGUCUUGAUUUUGGGUUUAAAGCUAAUCUCAAAGAAUUUAUCCAUAAAAUGCAACUUAAGAUUGAUAAGAUUGGACUUUACACCAUUUAAUUCUUUUUAGAUUAUAUGAGUUUAGAUAUAGGUAGAGAUAAUCCCUUUGUUGCUUUUGAAUCUAUUAAUUAUGCUAAUUCAUCGAUGUUUAAUCUUUCAAUAAGAGUUUUAGGCUUUUAAAGUGAAUCACCAAUAUUUUAUUGUCAAAAACAAAUAAAUUUAAGGGAAAUCCUAAACUUGUUUAUAGCAGAUGGUUAUUUUAAAUAUUAGACUAAUUACAUGAAUGCAAAAUUAUCCUUAAGUGACUUGAAAUAAAUAUGUGAAUAUAUCGGGUUUAAGAUAAAAUCAUAAAACUUUUUGGGUCUUGCUAAUCAAUAAAAAUAUAUAAACAACAAUCCCAUAUUUUUAGAAGAAACAAAAUAAGAAUAAGAAAAUACAGAUGGAAUGACAUUUAUGGCUUAUAAAAAAAACACAUUAAUUAUUUUACAACUUUUUUAGGAGCAUUAAAAAGUUCAUAUUAACUAUUAAUAAAUUAAAGGGAAGAUAUAGUUAAGACAAACUAAGAUGUAUUUUACAGAGAUAGAAGAGCAAUGUCCUCAUUUUAGUUCUUUUGUAAAUAAUGGAUUAUAGAAACAAGCUUUAUAAAGAUUUAUGUCUACUUUAUGA